GGUGAGGCCAGGCCCUGCUGCACUCUCACUCCUCCUCAGCUGACCAACCGAAUCUGCAAAGAUGAAUCAAGGUAUGAUCAUAAAGAACAUGUCCUUCAAGGUCGGGCAGACCCUGACCAUUGUUGGAGUCCCAAAGCCUGAUGCUACAAAUUUUGCAGUGAACAUCGGCCCCGAUGAGAACCAGUUCACGAUGCACCUCAACCCUCGCUUUAACGCGCACGGAGACGAGAACGUGGUGGUCUGCAACUCUUACCAGGGAGGCAACUGGUGCGAGGAGCACCGCGAGGGGGGGUUUCCCUUCGUGCAUGGAGAGGAGUUCAAGAUCGUCAUCAAGUUCACCCCUGCAGAGUUCGUGGUCACUCUUUCAGACGGCUCCACAAUCUGCUUCCCCAACCGCAUGGCCGCUGAGAAGUACUCCUUCUUCAGCUUCGACGGAGAAGCUCGCAUCACUAGCUUCGAGAUCAAGUAGUGUUUUAGAUUCUCUAUUCAGCUCUAUUUCAAUGAAUCUACAGCAUCAGGUCACUUAUAGCCUCAGCUUGUAUCUGCCAUGCAUUCUGUACAUGUGGAUUUAGUACAGUGCCUUAAAUGCUUACAACUCAAAUACGCAAGAUUUUAAUCUUCUGACAUGUGCAGACAAAAGGCAAGCAUUGCAACAAAAAAAAAGAUGGAUAGUUUAAGCUACACAGCUGCACAAACAGAAACACACACAGUAUAGUAGCUGCAAACACAAAGUCAUCCCCAAGGCCAUGUCAUCUGACUCUUAUUGGAUUUGCAGUUUGCAUUGUUUAGUCGAAAAAGUGCCAAAUAAAAUGUGAUCAUCUGUUCUGUCUGUGUCUUGAAAUGCGACACGCUCUCCUGUUUUUUUCCCUCCCAGACAUUCCAGAUUUAUAAUUGAGUUUAAUGCUUUCCUUCACUUCAUGCAUUAAAGCAUUUAAUGUUACCAUAAA